CACAGCGGGCCGGACGAGGCGCCGACCAGUCGAGACAGUCGGCAUCGGACCGACCGAGCGGUCGCGGCUUCGAGUCCCGCCUCGGGCGCCGUGCUCGAGUCGAGAACGUCGAGUGGCCGGCCGACGCCGCGGAGGCGCAAGUCGACGCCGUCGUUGCGGCUGGCCGUGCGCGGCUCGGCCUCGUUCGAGGCCAGUUGCAGUCGCGCCGUCUCCAUGUCGGCGCCGGCCUCGGUCAGCCUCUCGCUUUCGGAUCGCAGCCGGUCUGAUAGGAUCUUCGGCCGACUCAACCAGCGUCGCUACCGACGCCGACAGAUCAAGGGCAAGAUGCGCGCCCUCGCGGGACACUCGCGUCUGUGGCCAAGUCCGGAGGGCGACUGCGAACCGUCUGUAUCAGGCAGAUGCAAUGAAUAG